CUUCCUAUCCUCAUGUUGGCCAUUAAACACACUAUUCCCAAGGUGUGCACACAAAUUGCACGACCCACUCUUCUUUCACGUCGCUGGAUCUCAACAACUCCUCAAUCAUCAGACGAAAAGAACUCCAACACGACUCAAUACGAUGGCAUUCUAAGUGUAUUAGGUCAAAGCAAAACAGAUGCUGAAAGCAGCAGCAGUGCCUCUAGUUUAUUACCUAACAAGAACGACAAAGGAUUCCCAAUUGGACUCGAAAGUAUUUCUGCCACAUUAUCUACCAUGAACCAACCUCCUUUCCAACUUCAUAUCAAUGCUACUUUUAACAACACCAUCAUUACCUUGACUCGACCCAACGGUGCACCACUUGUGACUACCUCAGGUGGAUCUGCAGGUUUCAAAAAAGCAGCUCGUAGUGGCUAUGAAGCUGCUCAUCAAGCUGCUAUUCAAUUGUUGGAUAAGAUGAAUGCUAAAAAUGUACAGGUCUCCAAUGUGCAUAUUGUAUUGAAGGGAUUUGGUCCUGGUCGUGAUGCUGCCUUUAAGGCAUUGGUCAGUGGUACCUCAUGGAACGUGAAGCGUAUUACAGAUGCUACACCUACUCCUUUUGGUGGUUGUAGACCCAAGAAAGCUAGACGUCUUUAAACGUUUAUAUAUGUAGUUUAGAAUAAACAAAUUAUUUUAUUAAAC